AGUUACAAAAUCCCCAGAGCCAGAAGCGACAGUAUCAGUAGUUCAGGUCAGCCAGCCCAGUCAGCAGCACUCGGCGCUGUCUUUUAUUCCUUUUUCUUAAAUUAGCCACUUUAAGCUUCGCGAUACCGCCCCCAAUUUCAGCGUCGGUACGGAGCCGCCAGGCCGGGACAGAGUCGGAGAGAGAGGCCUCGGCAAUGGAAGCGCUCGGACCCGGCCCUCCUGCCCCUACGUCUCUGUUCCAGCCUCCGCGGCGUCCCGGCCUUGGCACGGUGGGGAAACCCAUCCGGCUCCUGGCCAACCACUUCCAAGUGCAGAUUCCCAAGAUUGAUGUCUAUCACUAUGAUAUCGACAUCAAGCCUGAGAAACGGCCACGGAGGGUCAACAGAGAGGUAGUGGACACCAUGGUGCGGCACUUCAAGAUGCAGAUCUUUGGAGACCGACAGCCUGGUUAUGAUGGGAAGAGGAACAUGUACACAGCACAUCCACUGCCAAUCGGGAGAGAUAGGGUGGAUCUGGAGGUGACCCUACCUGGCGAAGGGAAAGAUCAGACUUUCAAGGUGUCUUUGCAGUGGGUGUCUGUUGUCAGUCUUCAGAUGCUGCUGGAAGCCUUGUCCGGUCACCUGAAUGAGGUGCCGGAGGACUCUGUUCAGGCUCUGGAUGUCAUCACACGGCAUCUCCCUUCCAUGAGAUACACUCCAGUGGGGCGUUCAUUCUUUUCCCCUCCUGAGGGCUACUACCAUCCUCUGGGUGGAGGCAGGGAGGUGUGGUUUGGUUUCCAUCAAUCGGUCCGUCCUGCCAUGUGGAACAUGAUGCUCAACAUCGACGUGUCGGCCACUGCUUUCUACCGUGCUCAGCCUGUGAUUGAGUUCAUGUGCGAGGUGUUGGAUAUACAGAACAUCAAUGAACAGACCAAACCUUUGACUGACUCGCAGCGGGUCAAAUUCACCAAGGAAAUAAGAGGCUUGAAAGUGGAGGUGACACACUGUGGUCAGAUGAAGAGGAAGUAUCGGGUGUGCAAUGUCACUCGCCGACCAGCCAGCCACCAAACGUUCCCCUUACAGCUCGAGAACGGCCAGGCCAUGGAGUGUACCGUGGCUCAGUAUUUUAAGCAGAAGUACAAUCUGCAGCUCAAGUAUCCACAUUUACCCUGUCUACAAGUAGGACAGGAACAGAAGCACACUUACUUACCAUUGGAGGUCUGUAACAUAGUAGCAGGCCAACGCUGUAUCAAAAAACUGACCGACAACCAGACAUCCACCAUGAUCAAAGCUACAGCUCGCUCUGCCCCUGACCGACAAGAAGAGAUCAGCAGACUGGUCAAAAGCAACAGCAUGGUCGGGGGCCCGGACCCGUAUCUGAAGGAAUUUGGCAUUGUGGUUCACAAUGACAUGACCGAGGUUACAGGGCGAGUGCUCCCAGCGCCCAUGCUUCAGUAUGGGGGCCGGGUGAGUACAGAUACAGGGAGGGACUGUGGCAGGGGACUCUCUCCGCAGAAUAAAACUGUGGCCACGCCCAAUCAGGGCGUGUGGGACAUGAGAGGUAAGCAGUUCUACGCUGGAAUUGAGAUCAAGGUCUGGGCUGUGGCCUGCUUUGCGCCACAGAAGCAGUGCAGAGAGGACCUGCUCAAGAGCUUCACUGACCAACUGCGGAAGAUCUCAAAGGAUGCCGGGAUGCCCAUUCAAGGCCAGCCAUGUUUUUGUAAAUAUGCCCAAGGAGCGGACAGUGUGGAGCCCAUGUUCAAGCACCUUAAGAUGUCUUAUGUGGGUCUCCAGCUUAUUGUGGUCAUCCUGCCUGGCAAAACGCCCGUCUAUGCCGAGGUAAAGCGAGUGGGAGACACCCUCCUCGGCAUGGCCACCCAAUGUGUUCAGGUGAAGAACGUAGUCAAGACCUCCCCACAAACUCUCUCCAACCUCUGCCUCAAGAUCAAUGCCAAGUUAGGAGGCAUCAACAACGUCCUGGUUCCCCACCAGAGGCCCUCCGUGUUCCAGCAGCCUGUCAUCUUCCUGGGUGCAGAUGUCACACAUCCUCCAGCGGGUGAUGGGAAGAAGCCAUCCAUUGCGGCUGUGGUAGGCAGUAUGGACGGCCACCCCAGCCGUUAUUGCGCUACAGUGCGAGUCCAGACGUCCCGGCAAGACAUGUCCCAGGAGCAGCUCUUCAGUCAGGAGGUCAUUCAAGAUCUGACCAACAUGGUGCGGGAGCUGCUGAUCCAGUUUUACAAGUCCACGCGCUUCAAGCCCACACGCAUUAUCUAUUAUCGCGGUGGCGUGUCUGAGGGCCAGAUGAAACAGGUAGCGUGGCCGGAGCUCAUAGCCAUCAGGAAGGCGUGCAUCAGUCUGGAGGAAGACUACCGACCCGGAAUCACCUACAUUGUGGUUCAGAAACGUCACCACACCCGUCUUUUCUGCUCUGAUAAGGCUGAGAGGGUUGGGAAGAGUGGUAACGUACCAGCUGGCACCACUGUGGACAGCACCAUUACACAUCCGUCCGAGUUUGACUUCUAUCUGUGCAGCCAUGCUGGGAUUCAGGGAACCAGUCGUCCGUCCCACUACCACGUCCUCUGGGAUGACAACUGUUUCACGGCCGACGAACUGCAGCUCCUCACUUACCAGCUGUGCCACACUUACGUCCGCUGCACGCGCUCAGUCUCCAUCCCAGCACCGGCCUACUACGCCAGGCUGGUGGCUUUCCGUGCCCGAUACCAUCUGGUGGACAAAGACCAUGACAGUGCUGAGGGCAGCCAUGUGUCCGGCCAAAGUAAUGGUCGCGACCCUCAAGCUUUGGCCAAGGCGGUUCAGAUCCACUAUGACACCCAGCACACCAUGUACUUCGCCUGAACUCGCCAGUCCAUCAGCCAGUUCACACGUGGACUUUCUCCAUCCUGUCUAUUAUUACCAGUCUCUUUUCUUUUCCUUCUCGUCUCGUCUUUCUUAUCAUACUCACUUUUCAUAUUUCCAAAAUCUGCACCAAAACGGCUCUUUGACGGGAUUCUGCCGUGUCCCGACGUCCAGUAGUAGCGUUUGAACGGAACGAGCCCCAUCCGGCGUUCCCUGUCGAGCCGCCUUUAACCAGCAAUCUAGCACUGCAAACCCCAGGGGUUUCCAAUGCACAGAAGAAAAUGAAAUGAACCAUACACGCAUACUAUUAAUUGAGCCAUUAUUUUGCGUUUUUUUUUUUUUUUUUUCUUAUCUGAAUGUCUGCACUCGUGUUUUUAAACAUACACUGAGCAAUGGAGUGUUUUUGGCACUGCCUGUGUCAACGCACCUCUUUCGCUCUCCCAGCUAAGCAGGACUCUGAUCUACUUUUACCUCAAAGCCCAUCAGGGCAAAAUCUGUCACAAGGUCUUGGGUUUUAUUGGGUGGUGGGAAGGGAAAUCUACAUGAAGAGAUGGAGGGGGCUGACCUUUUGAGAAUGAUAUAUAUAUAUAUAUAUAUAUAUAAAUAUAUAUAUAUAUUAUAUUUUUUUCCUUUUUAUGAGCGUGUGUUUUAACCUUUUCUCCUUCAGUCUUUUACAAAUGAGGUGACCUGGGUGUCCAUACCCAUUAAUGCUUUUCCCCCCCCCCCAUCUUUACGAAAGAGUAUACAGUGAGCGUGUGUGUGUGUGUGUGAUUGUGUAUCUCUGUAUAUACAUGUACCUUUUUGUUUGUGAGUUGGCGUGUUUGUGCGUGCACGUGCUUUCAUGGCAGGCCACUGAAUUGUAAAGGGAAAUUGAGGAGAUAACUGCUGUAAAUGCCUCAGAUUUGUUGUUUUUUCUAUUCACACAUACAGUACAUAUAAACGUAUAUUUACAUCUCUAGAGCAGCUUUGAGAGACUUUAAACCGGCCUCGUAGAGGAUGUGGUGGCUAUUUCUAGCAGUCCUGGGUCACUUAUGAAUUGAAAUCCUUUUAGUUACACUUAGAAUAUGAUUAGCGGGGGGUUUGGCUUGAUGAAAUUCCAGUUGUAAGUGACAUCGGUUGUCAUGUAGCAGUGAGGACUGGGUCGUGACGGGUUGGAAGGCAUUAGACGCGGUGGUUGGUCUUUUUAUUUUUUUGGACCUUUUUAGUAUCAUACUGCUGGACAUUCAUUAUAUUUUUUUACCUUAAGUAGUCAUUUCAAGGGCCACAAACCAGAUGUUUUCUUUUGUAGGUCUCCUUUGCAGAUACUGGCCAAUUCAUUGCACUGACCCGGGACGUGAGGCAAGCAACAGAGGGCACUCUCGAUCUCUAUUACCUUUAUGCAUUUAUACAUACGAAUCAACAAAGCAGAUUUGUAAAGUUUUAAUAUAAGACGUUUUGUGGUUAUCUUAAAAACUGUUGUUUAGAAUUUAGUGCUAUCGUUGUUGUUAUCGUUGUUGUAACUAUUGUGAUUUGAAAUGUUAGAGUGAGCGUCCAGAAAUGGUAGUUUAUGGGCUGCACGUCAGGAGGAGGGUGGAAUUUUGUUGUAGCACCCCAGCUAAUGGUGAGAAGACCCUGGAUGGAUGAACUGAUGCUUCCUUUGUUGGUCCAGGGACGAUUGGGGCGUUUGUGUAGCACUCCAGAGUGAUGACAACAGAUCUGCCUGUGUGUGUGUCACUCUGCUGGUUUUGACCAGAUAGAUGGAGACAAUCAGGGAUCGUAAUUGUAGUGAAGCUAGAGUGGGCGAUUUUGUUUUUAAGCGGUCUGCGAUAGGCGAUGAGAUCAAUUUCCUAACGUUUUUUUAUUACUCUGUGUGUAUUUCAAGUGUACCCUUCUUUAAAAGUCUUUACUAGCUAAGUGUUUGUUUCUUAUUCUCAUGAAUUUUUAACACUGGAUUGAACGAACAAUCACAAAAACACUCAUUAAAUCACCUCUUGCCUCCGGUAGUUGCACAGGCGGCGCGGCCCCAACCGGGGUGUCGCUUUUUGGAUAGACGAGAGUCGGAGGGGAAAAGGGUCGACGUUCACGCCUCGUCAGGGGGGCACAGCUCGGCAUAAAACCCUUUUGUAAUAAACCACCCGUAAAGCAGCAGGUUUAUUAUGAAUGAGUUUGAGCACCUACCUGUCGAAGGCGUGCGCGUUGGCGUUGUCCACAUAUUGCAUGCGAUACGUCUCAUCACGUGCACUCGUCUUUAUGAAGCAAAGUGGUUUCAUGUUCAUCUGGUCUGCAGAAUUGAAGCUCAAGUUUGAUUUAAACUAAAAUGUGCUUUUUUCGCAAAGCAAUAUAACCAAGUUCUACUGUCAAAAUGUGGAAAGACAAAGCUGUAACUCUUAGCAUUGUGGGGUUUUUUUUGUUUUUUUUGCUCUGCUAUUGUCCCUGUAUUUUUUUUCAUGUGUUUUUUAAUUUGCUUGUAUCAAUCAGUGGGGAUGUGCAUUUGGUGGUAUAGUUACGUAGGCUUUUAGGUGAUUUUCUUUAACUUUGCUCGCCUGCAUGCCAGACUAUUAAAACAAAAAAAGAGGAAAAAAAACUUUUUGGAAUCAUAUUUAUGAUAAAGAAGAAGAAAAAAAAGUAUAAAGGCUUUUUGGUGUAAAUGUUUAUCACUCUGUUGGGACUGUUUUAGGCUAGCAAUAUCUGUUAUCAAUCUCUUAAUGUGUUUUUAAAGAUUUCCCCACACAAAUGUCAAUAAUUUAGUGUCUGAUAAAGAGGUGUGGGGUCUGCUCUUCAGGUCGUGUUCAAAUACAAACGAGGUACUUUCUUCGGACACGGACCCGUAGAAGACCAAACCCAUGUCCUCCUUGCCAGGCUACAGUAGUGAGCGUCCAUAUUGUCUCCUUCUUCCUGGUUUCUACCUGUGGCCAAGCCUCCUUUUUCGGGGGGAAGGACGGGGGGUUGGGUCGGUCUCUCCUGUCUUGACGGCAACCCCCACAAAAGUCACAAAAGAGUUACCUCUUUCACUGUUAAAGCUCUCUCUCUCCAAUGGGGAGAGCAUGAAAUGGAAAAACUUUAAAAUUCCUUACACUUUGAUAUAUCACUAUCUUAAAGGAGUUCGAGUAUUGUAUGAUUUUUUUUUUUUUUGGCGGUAGGGGGUCAUUUUAGCUCUGCUCUACAAUUUUUAAUAGCAAUACAAAGGAUUGGAAGGCUUCAAUUCCUGAAUGGAGCUCCAAUCCUUUCUGAGCAGUAAAGGUGGAGCAUGUUAUAGACCCGCCCCUUGCAUUGGGCCAUUCACACGGUAUUGCUAUAAGAAAUGCUGAAAUACUUUUUGUUUUAGCCUGCAGGGAACUCUUGUGUUAAUGUGCAAAGUAAUAAAUUGGUAUUUUAUGCCUUUAACAUUGA